AUGAGCGCGACGGUGACCGAGAAGACCAAGGAAGUUACUGCUACGGCCAAUGCCCCUGAGGGUGGCUCGGCCGUGUCGGAUGUGCAGGCUGGUAAGGCGCGUGCCGCCGACGACAGCAAGAAGGAGGGUGACGACGACGACGAGGAGUACGACGAAGAAGAGGACGAGGACUUUGUAUGUGCCCCGUGCUCACAGCAGGUCGAGGGCGAGGACGACGAUGAAGAUGAUGAGGAGGAAGAGGAGGAGGAAGAUGAUGAGGAAGAGUACGAUGACGAGGACGACGAGGACGACGAGGACGACGAGGGAGAGUCGGCCGCCCAAUCCGGCAACAAGCGCAAGGCCGAGGAUGACGACGAGGAUGACGACGAAGAUGAUGAUGGCGAGGAGGAGCCUGAGUCGUCCAAGGUCGCCAAGACCGACGAGUAA